UGCACUCCCCGGGCGCCACGCGAAGCCACGCCCCCGCCAGUUUCCCGGGCAACGCGAGGCGGGGAAGGGCGGGACGGGCCCCCAGCUUACCCCGUGCGCAUGCCUGGAAACCCGGAAGGGGGCUGGGUCCGGGAGCCGGAGAGGCCCGGUGCACGUUGGGCCGUGUACUGGUCCCAGGGCAGGUUGUAGUGCUGGAGAGGCGCGCGACUCCCUGGCGUCUAUGCAGACCGGUGCACCGGAGCCCAGGCGACGGGCUGCUGCGUGGGACUCGAGGACUCCAGCCCGCCGACCUUGGGGCUGUCGCAGCCCCCUCCCCCGCCCUCAGGCCUCCGGCCUUGAGCUCAGAGCCAAGGCCUGCAGACCUUGAGCGCCCCUGCCGCCUCCACGUGAGUCCGCUGUGCUGGGCAGUCUCCUCCCAGCAGCUGCGCCGUUUGCUGUUUCGCUCUCUCUGCAGAUCCGCAACAUCCGUUUUAGUACCACCGCUGUAGGGGAACCCGAAUUUUCAGCAUGGGUUUCCUUAACUGGUUUUGGGGUCUCUGGACUUGGCUUUUCCCGGAGACAACACCUAAAAGUGUUAAGGACUCUACUUCCGGGAGUGCCGAAGGCCCCAGGAGCCCGUGGCAGGAGCUGUUCUCAGAGAUUUGCAAGAUCAACGCGUUCGAUGCUCCCGACUCGCCCCUCGUGAGAGGCAAGGACGUGGGUGACUCCGUCCACGGCACGUUCGAGCACUUGUGGAGGAGCAGGGAGCACAGUGAGGCCGGCUGGCUGCUCCUGGCUUCCCUGGACAAGGUGCUGAAGGAGAAGGAGGAGCUCCGCGAGAUGGUGGCCCGGCUGCAGCUGCGCCUCAGCGACCUCCGCGUCUCCAAGAGCGUCCUCGGGGAGAGUCUGCUGGCGUGCAGCCGCAGGGCCGAGGUGGCCGAGAACCAGACACAGGCCCUGGCCAUUCGCUUGGCCGAGCUGCAGCGGAAGCUGAGCGCCCGGCCGCGCAGGGUGUCCGCGGCCAAGGUGAGGUCGCUGGUCGGCAAAGAGUGGGAUCCGGUGAGCUGGGAUGGGGACGUGUGGGAGGACCCCGGAGCAGGGGACGCUGAGCUCCUGAACUUCGACGGGGCUGGAAUGUCCCUAGAAAUGGGCCUCCCGCCCCCCAGAAUCAUCCCCACCGGCCACGGGACAGCCACAGCUGUAUUCCCGCUCACAGGUUCCCCGGCCGCGCCUCUGUGGACCUUCCCGCCUGUGUCGCAGGGGCUUCACUCCGCUUCCCCGGAGGAGGUGGUCCCGGCCUUCCGGGCAGUGGGGGUCGCGCAGGGCUCGGGCGACUCCCCUCCAGACCCCCCAGCGGCACCCGUCUCUCCGGCCAGACCAGCGGCCAGACCCAGUUCACAGCUGCCCCCGGAGGUGGAGGCCGACAGUGUGAGCCCUGAGGCGGGAGGCCGCAGCCCCCAGGAGUUGCUGGAGCUUUCUGAUGGGUACAAGCAGAAGUCUGAGGAGCCGGCCUGGGAGUGGAUGCUCAGGGUGUGGGAGAGCGGUGGGAAGGACGUCCACUUGACGCGUGCCGAGUUUGUGGACAUGGGUGCCCUAAGCCGAGAUCCUGCCUUCAACGCCGCCGCCCAGGACGUCAAGAAGGGCUCUAACAGUUUGUUUGGCUGGUUGGCCGAGGCAUGGGUCAAGAGGUGGCCCACAGCCAGUGAACUGGAGAUGCCCGACCUGCCGUGGCUCACCGUGGAAGAGGGCAUCCGGAGGCUGAGGGAGAUCGGAAUGGUCGAGUGGCUUUGUCACUUACGCUCGACUCCCCUACCCUGGGAGGGGCCUGAGGAUACGCUCCUGAGUGCUGCUGUGAGAAACCGCUUCGUGAGGGCGGCCCCCGCGUCCCUGAAGAGCUGUGUGGUGGCUCUGCUCUGCGGGCCGGGCCUCACUGUGGGCACUGCCAUGGCACAGCUGGAAAGCCUGAGCGCCAUGGGCAUGAUGUGACGCUGGAGGCGUGGCAGGGGCCACCAGCCGGCCCUGGGCCAUGCGGAGCCCCAGCUGGGUAUAGCUGCCACCAUAAGCAGCAGAGACAAAGCAGCACUCAGCAUUGUUUCGCAUAGAUCUAUCAUGAUGUUCCAGAAAGAGCCCAGAUUUUAUCUUAAUCUAAGCAGAAAACUGUUUCAGGUCAAGUAAACAAAAGACUCCCUUGGGUCAUGAAAACAGACUCACAGCCCUCAGC